CAGGACAUGUUUUUUCCUUCGGGGCUACCAUCCAAGCAGCGUCUAGUCCAUCUCCAUGGGAACGGAAGGACGCCUUCCAAAGUCCCGCGAUACGUGAGAGGAAAAUCUGCAGAAACAAGGAGACAUCUUGGAAUUGAUGGCUGCUCUCACCUUCCCCACGGUGUCGGCCAGCACAGCCCCCCUGUCUGAUCUGCGCAUCCCUCUCCCAGCCGCUGUGUUCCUGGCUGUCUCUUUAUAUCUCGUUGUACUCCUCAUCCUUCUGCUAAUGCACCAGUGCCUGCGGGCCCGUGGAUGCUGUCCCACAUGUUUGGGUUGGCAGUUAGUGGGUGCAUUUGGGGUAUGUGACAUGUGCGUGAGCUGUGCCCAGUCAUGUGACUGCAGAGUGCCCUCUAUCACACGCUGUAUGGAUACCUGCUGCCCAAGCAAACCGAAUUGUGACGGCUGCUUCUCCUGUUGCCCCCUGUGUGACUUUGCCUGCAUGUGCCAGCCCCCCGACUGCAGCACCAUCAACUGCAUGUGUUGUGAGAUCAGACUGCACUGAUCCUCAGCAUUUGCCUCCCAUGGAUAAGAAGCUGCAUUCCCCAUUUUGCCUUUAUCUGGGGCACAAGAGAAAUUUGUGACAAUCGGGAGACUGGUAGUGGUCCUCACACUACAGGACCAGGGAUACAAUGCCUUCUUUUCCCAGCAUCCUUUGCUAGCCAAACGAAGUAGUUCAGAGGCAUGGGGCGAUUAUUGCACUUCGCUACAAAGUAUAUGCCUUGGGGCAAAACCAGUUGUCCCAUUUAUACUUCUACACCCCCCCCCCAAUGCCUUUUCUUAUUUUAACUCUUCUGUUGCCAUUAAUAUGAAUGUACUUGUGUUUCUCACAUGUUGAAAGUAUUUUGUGUAUUUCUUUAAAUCUAUUUUUAUAUUAUAGGCUGUAAAUAACAUUUUUGAACAUUUAAUUUGUAACUGAAGUGUCUUUUGUUAUGGGAUCAUUUUCUGGGAUCUGGGAUUCUAUACCCUUAUGUAUAUUAAGAUCAACGCAGAUGCAAAUGCCAAAUGCAUAGAAGUCAAUAUGAGACAACAUUUUUUUCACUCAUUUGAGAGUACAGGCAUUUUUUUGCGGCAAUGCAAUGCUCAUGCAUGGGCAGAAGUGAAUUAAGUGAACACAUUUUUCUGAAAAAUGCUUUAGGGCCACAUAUCUGUAUCUGUCACGGGUAGUGGCCAUUGGGCAAAUAUGAUUUUGUUUGUUUUGACUUUUACUAUAUCAAUAAAUGUGCCAUACACAUGGGAUGCCUGCAUUCUGCCGUCCCAUCCAAAUGCUCAGCUACUCCUCCCAGCCAAUCAAACGCUUGGUAAUGGUGGCCAUACACAGGCAGAUAAAGCUGCCGAUAUCGGUCGUUUGGACCAAUUUGACAGCUUAUCUGCCCUUGUAUGGGGGCUUCCGACGGGUCUUCCUGAUCGAUAUCUGGCCACGAUAUCAAUCGGGAAGGUUUGAUUUUAAACCGACCGACCCGUUGGAGCCCCUUGGCGCAUCGUAAUUCGAUCGUUCGGCCAUGCGGCCGAACGUUCGAACUACCCCCGAUAUAGCCCUGCCGUUAGUGGCAUAUCGGGGAAAGAUCCGCUCGUUUGGCGAUGUCGCCAAACGAGCGGAUCUUUGAGUCUAUGGCCACCUUAAGGCUUAUGGGAGGGGCUAGAGAGCUUGGGGACUAAUGUAUGUGUUUUAGUGUGAAAUUAGUAAAUAAAGGCCUUGGUAUUGUCCGUAGCAGCAUUACUAUAACAA